UCAAGCUCAUCGCCCACCCUCUUUACGAUGGUUAUCCGUUCAACUACGACAUAGGUCUGUUGAUCUUCGACGAGAAAUUUGGAGUGACGGACCACGUCCAUCCAAUUUGCCUUUGGAACGAGGACACCGACGUGGACCGCGUCGCCAGAAAAUUCUUGGCCACGGUGGUCGGAUUUGGAUUAACAAACAAUUUCAAAGCGUCUGGAAGCCUCCUUGAAACCAAGAUGCCGAUAAAAUCGCACAAAGAGUGCUACCUGAGUGACCGGAAAUUCUUUGGAAAAUAUUUGAAACCCGGAGACAAUUUUUGCGCUGGCUACACGAACGGAACAAAUGUUGGUAAGGGAGACAGUGGAGGGAGCCUCGCUGUUGAAAAAGAUGGUCGCUGGUUCAUCAGAGGAGUCGUCAGUAUGGGAAAAAAGUUACAAAAUGACACAGUCCCACACAGCUAUAGUUUAUUCAACGAUGUUGCCAACUAUAUGGAGUGGAUUGUAGAGAAUACUCCAGAUUUGUCAACUUGAUUAUAUACAAAUUUAUUUCUGCAUUUUUUAGAUUUUAGAUGAUAAUCAUAUGUACCUAUUUCCCAAAAAGACUUAUAAUUAUAGAGAUUAUUUUAAAUGACAGUAUAUAAAUAAUUCAAGUGUG